UUUUUGGAACAAGCCGUGUCCUAUCAACAGUUUGUGGACAACCCAGCUAUCAUUGAUGACCCUAAUCUUGUGGUAAAGAUUGGGAAUAAAUAUUACAAUUGGACAACAGCAGCACCUUUACUCCUGGCAAUGCAGGCCUUCCAGAAACCUUUGCCAAAGUCUUCAUGCUUAAGUUAUCUUAAUGUAAUUUUGGACACCAUUAGGUUUUGCUUCUCUAAAAUUUUUAAUCCACAAACAGCCACUGUGGAAUCUAUCAUGAGAGAUAAGAUGCCCAAAAAGGGAGGAAGAUGGUGGUUUUCAUGGAGGGGAAGAAAUACCACAAUCAAAGAGGAAAGUAAGCCGGAGCAGUGCUUGGCUACAAAGGGCCACACUACUGGAGAGCAGCCAUCACAGCUUGGCAUGGCUACCAGAAUAAAGCAUGAAUCAUCCUCCAGUGAUGAAGAGCAUGCGGCUGCCAAACCAUCAAAUGCAAGCCACCUCCCUCUUUUGUCUAAUGUCAGCUACAAAAAGACUCUCCGGCUCACUUCAGAGCAGCUGAAAAGCUUAAAGUUGAAGAAUGGCCCAAAUGAUGUGGUUUUCAGUGUUACCACACAGUAUCAAGGCACCUGUCGCUGCGAAGGCACCAUCUAUUUGUGGAACUGGGAUGACAAAGUCAUCAUUUCUGAUAUUGAUGGAACAAUCACUCGAUCAGAUACACUUGGCCACAUUUUGCCCACCCUUGGGAAGGAUUGGACCCAUCAGGGGAUUGCUAAGCUGUACCAUAAAGUGAGCCAAAAUGGAUAUAAGUUUCUCUACUGCUCUGCACGUGCCAUCGGGAUGGCAGACAUGACAAGAGGAUAUUUGCACUGGGUUAAUGAGAGGGGCACGGUGUUACCUCAGGGACCGCUACUGCUGAGCCCAAGCAGUCUCUUCUCUGCCUUGCACAGAGAAGUGAUUGAAAAGAAGCCAGAAAAGUUUAAAGUCCAAUGUUUGACAGACAUCAAAAAUCUGUUUUUUCCAAAUACAGAACCCUUUUAUGCUGCUUUUGGAAACCGACCAGCUGAUGUAUAUUCAUACAAGCAAGUCGGAGUGUCUUUGAAUAGAAUAUUCACCGUCAAUCCCAAAGGAGAACUAGUUCAGGAACAUGCAAAGACCAACAUCUCAUCGUACGUGAGACUGUGUGAAGUGGUCGACCAUGUUUUCCCAUUACUGAAAAGAAGCCAUUCUUCAGACUUUCCCUGCUCAGAUACUUUCAGUAAUUUCACCUUUUGGAGAGAGCCACUGCCACCUUUUGAAAACCAGGAUGUUCAUUCUGCCUCAACAUAAAAUGUACCAAACAACCUCUUGACAUCAUGGCAGAAGACUGGGCAUCACACAUUAAAGGACAGGU